UUCGUGAAAGCUCCAGAUUUAAAAGAAUUGAUAAUCGCUUUGGAUGGUUUGCCUUGAUGGAAGUUGAGGUUGAAGAUGAUGAUGAUGAUGAAGAUGACGAUGAUUCUAUGGAUAAUGAGACAACAGAGGGUGAUGAUCAGGUUCAUUCUCAAGAGGUUGUUUCAGUAUCAAGCCGCUGCUGAGGCAGGGAUGUUCCAAGCUGCACCGUACCCUCCCUUCUCUCCGGACAUGUUACCGCCGAUGAUGUACCCUCCUUUUGUCGCGGAAAAGGCCAAGCCACCAAAAGUGAAGGCCAAGAAGACCGCAGUGAAACCAAAGGCAGAGAAAGAACCCAAGUCUUCUGGAGGAAAGGCAACAAAAGCUGAGAAGGCUGCUACAGAGGGUGCAGGUAAGGACGGAUUGAAAGAGAAGGAGAAGCCGGCGAGACAAGAAAAGAAAAAGCCUGCUAAACCAAAGAAGCCUAAAGCACAACCUGAGAACUCCGCACCUAGCGCUGCAAAUGCUAUUACUUCUGCUGCAGUAUCAUCAAAAGCCGCAACGACAGCCAAUCAAGGUACUCCUCCUGUGAAGCCUAAGAGAAAGAAGCCAGGCACUGCCAUCAAGAGGAAGGUGCAGCCCAUUGCAGUGGAUGCAAAAGGCAAACCCAUUUUCCCCAUUGUACUUGGGGGUCUCACAGUUCACAGUCUUGGCGAGAUUGUUUAUGACCGGCCUGGUUUCCACUCUGAACGAUAUAUUUGGCCCGUGGGCUAUUGCAGUUCUAGAACGUAUCCGAGUAUGCGUAAUCCAGAGAAGAAGUGCAUUUACACCUGCAAGAUUCUGGAUGGGGGAUUCGGACCGCAGUUUGAGAUGUGUCCUGAAGAUGAUCCAGACCACCCAAUCGUAGCCUCUUCAGCCACAGCUUGCCACUGCGUGGUGCUGAAGGCGGUCAAUAAGGCCAGGGGUAGGGACGCUUCUAAUACAGGCUCGGGUCCAGAGUUUUUCGGUUUCUCUCACCCAACCAUUCAGUAUUUGAUUCAAAGCUUGCCCGGUGCGCGAAAAUGUACGAAGUACCAGUGGGUGAAGUUUGAAUUACCAAAACCGCAAAGUAAACAAGCGGGAAAGGCUUCUUCUUCAUCUACUCCGGAUCCAUCAGGUGUCCUUCAGGGAAUCCCCUCCGGUGUUGAGGACGAUUCCAUCGCCAGCUUGCACGAAGACGAUCCUAUGCCAGCAGGAAUGACCACGUUUCAUCCCUCUUCUGCGAUGGAACAGCCCAUAGACCGGGCAAUGAAUCAAACGAUGAGUCAGCCAAUUGACCACGACGAAGAAAUGUUUAAAGAUCCAGACAUGGGACCGCUGACUCUGGCGUCCACCAUCACUCCUCUCUCGUCCCCAGGACUCUGUAGUCCUAGUCCAAGCACACAGCUUGAUGGCUUAGAGCAUGACACCGAAAUGGAUCCAGGGAUGAAUCCACUGAUGUCUUCGCCCACUCGAUCCGCCUUUCCGACCUCUCUGUCGGGCAUGCCACUCUCACCGACUGCCGCCGGCCAAGCAUCGUUUGUCCUACCUCCCACUUCGCCUCUGUUUGGGAACAGUUUUCCAGGAACCGGGAUUCCGGACUCGCCUCCAAAGUAGCAUCCUAUAUGGUAUAUGUAAAGAAAAACUUUGUCAAUCUACUGUGACUCCGUAAGGUUUGCGAUAGCUUUCAAUAUUGGUGUGUAGCCUUUAUUACACGACCGGUGUUUUUCACCCAUUCGGCAAACUGGCCGAAGCAGCUUAUUUGGCAUUACGAAGGCAAAGAACUCGAUGGACAAAACUUGAUUUGAGAAAAUCAAAAAAUUUUUAAAAUCGAAGAGACUAGGUCCGAUUACUAAACGCUUUUUGGGAAAUGAGCCCGCGGUCUUCCACCGAACUGAGUUCCUUCUCGGCAGAAUCGGAGGCUGAAUCCGUCAAAAUAGAGGAAAUCGAGUCUACGAAGAGGACAGAGAAGUAACUUUGGAGAGGUACAUGAAUGUAGUAAGAUGGGACAAAACGUCCAUACAUCUGUUUACCUUCUUGUGUGAAGGAAAGAGCUUGUAAAUGAUUGUAAUAAAGGAGAGUAGAAUGUAGAA